UAGAAGAUUCUAGCAGAGUGAUAGAAGUUGUAAACACAUUUUCGAAAGCAAUCAAAUUUGUUAUUAUAGGUUUUUUAAAGAAGUAUUUUGAAGCGAUAGAUGUCUUAACUACUUCAGUAGCCAGGAAUGUUUUCCAAACCAAAAGGGUGGUUACCAGCAGGGUUAUGGAAACCAAAAAACCCUCAUUCAUUGGAGCACAUGAAGUAUCUGUACAAUGUCCUGUCAAAGAUUCAAACCGUAAAUGAGGGGAAUCGCGGACUUCUUGUCGAAACUCUCCGACAGAUCGCUGAAAUAUUGAUUUGGGGAGAUCAAAAUGACAGCAGUGUUUUUGAUUUCUUCCUUGAGAAGAACAUGCUGGGAUACUUUCUGAAGAUCAUGCGACAGAAAUACGGCCGAUACGUGUGUGUGCAACUGCUCCAGACUCUCAACAUCUUGUUUGAAAACAUCAGCAAUGAGACAUCGUUGUAUUACUUGCUGUCGAACAACCAUAUUAAUUCAAUUAUUGUGCACAAGUUUGACUUCUCUGAUGAAGAGAUCAUGGCUUACUAUAUAUCAUUCCUGAAGACCCUGUCCCUGAAGCUCAACACACACACUGUUCAUUUCUUCUAUAAUGAACAUACCAAUGACUUCCCGUUGUACACAGAGGGCAUUAAGUUCUUCAACCAUAGUGAGAUCAUGGUUAGGAAUGCAGUGCGAACACUAACGCUCAAUGUCUACAAAGAACUUUCACACGACGCCAAUGACCAGUGCUGGUGUCUUAAAUCUGAUACCCAGAAUUGCCAUACACACAUGGAUGACAAGUCGAUGCUGAAGUUUAUCAAGGAUAAGACCGCAGCUCCUUACUUCUUCAACCUCGUCUGGUUCAUCGGCAGCCACAUCCUUGAGCUGGAUAGCUGCGUAAGAAACGACGCAGGGCACAACAGCAGGAAUCGACUAGGCGACCUCGUAGCUGAGCAUCUAGAUCACAUGCACUACAUGAACGACAUACUGAACCUUGGGAUCGUCGCCCUUAACGACUGUCUAACUGACCACCUACUGAAUCGACUGCUGAUUCCACUUUACGUCUACUCCCUGACAAAGAGGCGCAAAUACUCGCACGGCACGGAUGAAAAUCCUCACAUCAGCUCGGUGGUAUCGCUAUUUCUCCUGACUCAAGUUUUUCUUAUCAUUAAUCACGCCCCACUGGUGCGACAGCUGGCUGGAAUCGUCUUUAAUGGUGACAUAUUCGAUGCUGCGAAUGAGUCGAAUGGCAGCCCAUCGAAACGGAUGGUGGUGCGAGGAUUUGCUCCCCCGAAUGAAACACUUGAGCAGUCGUUGGAGAUCAGCACGCGGCAGACGGGCGACGGCCAGGAGGCGAACAGCCCUGAUGACGAUCCACCGAUAGAGAACUCUGAGGAAGCACUGCAGUCGCCGCCACCAGGCAUUAAUCAGGAGUUGAUGGAUUCGGUUAUGAUGCCGACAGAACGCUCUGCCAGCAAGUACCUGUACAAUGUCAACCUCAUCGAGCGACUCGUCAAGGUCAUCAUGCUGAGCUGCAAGAACGGAAGCAAGGUUAGACUGGCAACCUUGGAAUUAUGCAUCCUCCUACUGAAGCAGCUGCUCCACACGCAAUCGGAUCAGAGUCCCUGCUUCAUACAGGAUAGUCACAUGGCAUGGAUCGAGUCAGCCAGGGAGGAGUCUAUCCUACAGAUCAGGAAUUUCUACAAGGGAGAGGAGAUAUUCCUGGACAUGUUCGAGGACGAGUACCGCCAGCUGAAGAGUCAACCGCUGAACGUUGAGUACCUCACGAUGGACCACAACAUCCUGCUCACCCCUACCGGCACGCCGAUGACAGGCAUCGAGUUCACGAAGCGCCUGCCCUGCGGAGAGGUGGAGCGAGCGCGGCGGGCAAUCCGAGUGUUCUUCCUGCUGCGCGAGCUCUCACUGUCGCUGCGCCACGAGACGGACCGGCAGCUGCCGCUCACGAAGCCGGAGCGCAUGAUCAGCACGAACGGUGUGCUCGACCUAAACAACAGCGAUCUGAUAGCCUGCACCGUCAUGACCGCCGACAACCAGAAGGUGAGACGGUUCCUGGCGAUCGACAUCAUACAGAUGAUUCUCGUUGAGCCGGACACAAAGCGGCUAGGCUGGGGUGUAGCCAGGUUCGUCGGCUUCUUGCAAGAUAUUGAGGUGUCAGGUGACCGAGACGACAGCCGCAUUCUGCACAUCACCAUACACAAACAGAACGCGUCGCGCUACAACCGCGGCACGCCGCUACUCUCAGCCAAGCUUGCAUUCGACGAUCACAUCCGUUGCAUGGCAGCCAAGCAACGGCUUACCAAGGGCCGGAUUAAGGCUCGGAUGUGUAAGAUGCAGUGCAUAGCCAGGCUGCUUGAGCUACCUGACGCAAAGCAAGCGCAUUCCUACAACCAGGCCUCACAUGCAGGAACUUCCCGCAGCAGGCGGUCUUUACAACAGUCUGCUUCUGAACAGCCUACUCAGCCGCCUACCCACGCGACCCCCACCGCCCAACCACAGGUCAUGGGUCAUCCCCACCCUCGCAGACCCAUUGCAUCAGAUCUUUGCGCCGUUCCUCAUGGACUGGGGACCAGCAAAGAAGAGGUGCGCGUCGUUUACUCGACAGGCAGGCAGUCGCUCGACAAGAACCCGUCCGGCGCGCCACUCGCACCGUCGCCCAGCGAGGGGAGGAGAAAAGCGCCGCGCUCGCGCGAAGGACCGCCGGAAUGA